GUUAGUGGGAGAGAGGGAACCCUUUAUUGCAAGCCUGGCUCCUUAGGCGGGAGGCUAUGAAAGAUUCAAGCUGGAAAGGACUGAUCCAGGGUCACAAGGCAGGGAUGCUCUUACCCCAGGUGCCUGUCACCAAAGCAGUUUCGGAAACAACAAGAACAUGCAUUCUUUCCAAAAAAUGGAAAGAUGCUGCCGCAAGAGAUGCACAGGAGGAGAGGAGUGUGGGGGCUGGAGGACCUGUUCCCUACCCCCAUCACCCACAGAUUUCCCUACCCCAUCUUCUGCCGACCUCUCCAAAGGGGCCUCCCUGGAGCGGCAGCCCUCCCGCCCCGGCUCUUUCCCUCCUCUCCCUCCUAGGGUCCAACUGCUGUCGCUUCAGGCUUUGCCAAGGAGGAGGGGACUGCAGUGACAGCAGGAAUAGCAAGAGUGGGAGGCAGGACAGCGCCUGGGUUGCAGAGCAGUAUGGGGAGGGAGGUACCAAGGGCAGGUGGUUAGGAGACCUAGAGAGGGCUGAGGAAGAGCAGGGUGAGGGGAAUGGAACUGUAACAGAGUGCAGCCAGGGGCACUUGGAGGUGGCAGAGCCUCUCAGCCAUGUCCAGAGGAAAGCCAUGCUGGUUCGCAGGUCCCCUGUGCAGCCCUAGGCUGAGCUUGGCCCUGGUGCUGCUGGCCCUGGGGACUGUGGGGGCCCAGGAGGGCUCUGAGCCCGUGCUGCUGGAGGGCGAGUGCCUGGUGGUCUGUGAGCCUGGCAGAGCAGCUGCAGGAGGACCCGGGGGCGCAGCCCUGGGAGAGGCGCCCCCUGGCCGAGUGGCAUUUGCGGCAGUCCGGAGCCACCAUCACGAGCCAGCCGGGGAAACAGGAAACGGCACCAGUGGGGCCAUCUACUUCGACCAGGUCCUGGUCAAUGAGGGUGGCGGCUUUGACCGGGCCUCCGGCUCCUUCGUGGCCCCCGUCCGAGGCGUCUACAGCUUCCGGUUCCAUGUGGUGAAGGUGUACAACCGCCAGACGGUUCAGGUGAGCCUGAUGCUGAAUACAUGGCCCGUCAUCUCAGCCUUUGCCAACGACCCUGACGUUACCCGAGAGGCAGCCACCAGCUCCGUGCUGUUGCCCCUGGAGCCCGGGGACCGGGUGUCCCUGCGCCUGCGUCGGGGGAACCUGCUAGGUGGCUGGAAGUACUCGAGCUUCUCUGGCUUCCUCAUCUUCCCGCUUUGAAAGCUCAAGCCUUUCCAGGAUAGAAAUCCCCAGCCCCUGGCCAUGGUAUUGAGCCCUCUCCCUGCCCCAAAAAGGCAGCAUGUUUGGGGGCAGGGAAGAGAUUCCUGCAAGCUGCUCUGAUUCCUGCUCCUCACAUGGGACUGUGUGCCAAACACCCCAGGGUAAGAGUGGCACUGUGACAACUCUAGACCUGGCACUGCUCACGUAGGUGCCCCACCCCCAGGUGCUCUCCCAGCCUCCCUCCGCAGGCCUUUCUGCCUGCAGGCCCCCAGGACCUGGGCUGAGCUUGGCAAAGAGGGAGGCUUGCACUCGCCUGCAGUGAGCUCUGCUCCUCCUGUUCCCCCAUCCUGACUUCCUGCUCACUGCUGUUUGGAGCCAGGUGGCACAGGUGAGCCUGACAGGCCCCUACAGGGGCCCAGAUGGACCAGCCUUGGCUCCUUCCUGUGAGGAAUGCCAGCCCUGCAGACCUCGGCCAGCACCAUCAGAGGCUGAGUCAGGUUGUGGGCUGGGGCAGGAGGCUCUGCCACAAGCACAAGUGUGGGAAGACCCACAGAGCAGUCAGCGACUGUGGCUGGUGAAGAGGGAAGGGGGUAUGUGUGCAGCAUGGACGUGGUACAUGUCACGCAUGUCUGUUGGGGCAGCCUGUGGGCGGAGAGCUGGCCGUCCAUCUGUGCUAAUUCCCAAGUGGACUCUGCCCCUCACCUCCCUGCCUGAGACUUGGGUGUGUAUGUUUGGUGUGGCCAGCAGCAGUGUAUGAAGCUGGAGGUGGGGGUGGCAGGUCAACUGUGUGCCAGGGAACCUGUCAAUGACCUUGUGUCCUCUUGCUUGGCCACCUCCUAGAACGUCUGCAACGUUAACCCGGAACUCUGGUCAUUCCACACUUUGAGUGCCACCUCCCUUCUCCCAGCCUGUCUCUCUUCCCACCCUCUCUGCACCUGUUUUGGCCCAUCUCCACUUCUCUUUUCUUCCUCUUCAUCCACACUUACUCUCCUGCAUAACCUUCCAGAGUUCUUAUGACUCAUUCCUUUAACCACUUUCCUACCAACUUCAUUCUUUCUCUCCUCCCAUCUCUCUCUCCACCCUCCCUCCCUUUCCCGCACU